UUUUUUUUUUUCUCCUGUCAAAAACAAUUCAUCCGUGUUUUUUUUUUUUCUGUCAAAUGUCAUAGUUUAAUUUGAUUGAUAUUUAACUUUGAAGAUAAUUAAUUUUCUUUGAUUAAUUGUUUGACAAUCCAUUGUUGUUUUGAUAAAAUUAAAAUGACAUUAUUGUGAUCUAUUUUUAUUCAACAAACAAAAGGAAUCAUUGACAUCACAGAAAUGAAUUAUUAAUGACAACAAAAAUGUUUCCUGAAAUUGAGACAUCAAUUGAAAAUAUGAACGAGAGUGGUGAGAAUCAACCUGAUGAUAAUACCCACACUGAACAAAAUGAGGGAAGAUCAAUUGGACAAAAUGAUGCACCAAUUGAUUCUGCUACUGAUACAAUUGCACCAUGUCAAGAAUCAUUGACAACUCAUGGAUCUGUUCAAGUUGAAAAAAGUGAUGUUGCUAGUAUUUAUACAGCAAGUACAUCUGUAUCUGGAUAUGAAUCAAGUUCAAGUAGAAUGAGUGCAAUAACAGUUUUAUUACCUUGGGGUGCUCAAAAAGAAACAAUAAAACCUCAACAAAUUGAAGAUCUUGAUCUUCGUCCAGGUGAAUAUGUUAUGCGUACAUUAUUUGCUGAUUUUGCAAGUCAAGCAGAACGUAAAAUUGAAGCAGUUAUGAUAGAAACAGAAAAACCAUUAUCAAAAGUACUUCAACGUGGUGAAGAUUCACAAUUUGAUCAGUUAUUAUUAGCAUUUGGUACUGUUGCUGAGCAUUGUUUACCAUCAAUAUUACGUGCAUUAUUUAAAUGGUAUGAACGUCAAUUAGUUGAACAAGCUAGUGAAAAAAAAGUAUCUGGUAAAGAAGAUCAAAAAGGUAAAUCAAUAAUGUCAUCAAUAGUAUCUGGUUCAGUUGAAACAGUUGAAAAACCAGAAGCUGAUUUAUUACAAGAACGUCGUGAUUUAGCUGUUGAAUUUAUAUUUUGUUUAAUGUUAAUUGAAAUAUUACGACAAUUAUCAUUUCAUCCUGGACAUGAAGAUAUUGUUAAUGACAUUGAAAAUAUAUCAUUUAAACAUUUUAAAUAUCGUGAAGGUAUACAAAAUGAACCAAAUGCAAUAAAUAUACAUAUUAUUGCUGAUUUAUUUGCUGAAGUUAUUGGUGUAUUAGCACAAUCACGUUUUUUAGCUGUUAGAAAACGUUUUAUGAUUGAACUUAAAGAUUUAAGAUCAAAAGAACCAGGACCACAUACAACACAAUCAAUAAUAUCAUUAUUAAUGGGUAUGAAAUUUUUUCGUGUUAAAAUGGUACCAAUUGAAGAAUUUGAAGCAUCAUUUCAAUUUAUGCAAGAAUGUGCACAAUAUUUUUUAGAUGUUAAAGAUAAAGAUGUUAAACAUGCACUUGCUGGUUUAUUUGUUGAAAUAUUAGUACCAGUUGCUGCUGCUGUUAAAAAUGAAGUUAAUGUACCAUGUUUAAAAAAUUUUGUUGAAAUGUUAUAUUCAACAACAUUAGAUAUGUGUACUAAAUCAAAACAUAGAUUAGCAAUAUUUCCAUUGGUAACAUGUUUAUUAUGUGUUAGUCAAAAAACUUUUUUCUUACAAAAUUGGCAUUAUUUUUUGGCAAUGUGUUUAUCACAUUUAAAAACACGUGAUACUAAAAUGUCGAGGGUUGCACUUGAGGCAUUAUAUCGUUUAUUAUGGGUAUAUAUGAUUAGAAUAAAAUGUGAAAGUAAUUCAGCAACACAAAGUCGUUUACAAAGUAUUGUUAAUUCAUUAUUUCCAAAAGGUUCAAAAGCUGUUAUGCCAAGAGAUACACCAUUAAAUAUAUUUGUUAAAAUAAUACAAUUUAUUGCACAAGAAAGACUUGAUUUUGCUAUGAGAGAAAUUGUAUUUGAUUUAUUAUCUGUUGGUAGACCAGUUAAAAUUAUAUUAACACCAGAAAGAAUGAGUAUUGGUUUACGUGCAUUUCUUGUUGUUGCUGAUAGUUUACAACAAAAAGAAGGUGAACCACCAAUGCCAAGAACAAUGGGUGUAUUACCAUCUGGUAAUACAAUGAGAGUUAAAAAAACAUUUUUAAAUAAAAUGUUAACUGAAGAUACAGCGCGAUCAAUUGGUAUGUCAUCAUAUUUUCCACAUGUUAGACGUGUAUUUGUUGAUAUAUUACGUGCACUUGAUGUACAUUAUGGACGUCCAUUAAUGAUGACAAGUACACAAAAUUUUAAUAAAGAACCAGAUGAAAUGAUAACUGGUGAAAGAAAACCAAGAAUUGAUUUAUUUCGUACAUGUGUUGCUGCUGUACCACGUUUAAUACCAGAUGGUAUGACUGGUGCUGAACUUGUUGAUUUAUUAUCACGUUUAACAGUACAUAUGGAUGAAGAAUUACGUGGUCUUGCAUAUCAAAGUUUACAAACAUUAGUAUUAGAUUUUUCUGAUUGGCGUCAUGAUGUUAUACUUGGUUUUACACAAUUUUUAAUACGUGAUGUGCAAGAUACAUUUCCACAACUUGUUGAUAAUGGCUUAAGAAUGUUAUUACAAUUAUUAACAUCAUGGAAAAAUUCUCUACUAUCACCAAAUACUAGAACCAAAGAACAAAAUGAUAAUAAUCGUAUUUUAAAUCAAAGAACUGAUGCUCAUAAUAAUAGCAACAAUAAUAGCAGUAAUAAAAAAAAUGAUAAUAUUAAUAUUGGACAAAAAAAUGAACAAAUAACAAGUGUAUUUUAUCUUGUUGAAGGUUUUGCACUUGUUAUGUUAUGUAAUUGUCGUUUAUGUCCGCGAAGAAUUGCUGUACAUAUAUUACGUGAAGUUAAAUUAUUAUUAAAAACCAUUGGUAAUAUUGAAAAUCAACAUGAACAAUCAGUUAUUGAUGUUAUUGAUGCAACAUGUCCAUUAGCAUUAGAAAAAUGUUAUCAUAUGUUACCACCAGCUGAAAAAGCUGCUGCUGCAAUGACAUCAAAUGUUGAUUUAUUAUGGAUUGCUGAAAGAAGUUCAUGUGUAUGGACUGCUGGUUUUCAUGAUGAAAAUAGUACUAAAAGUUCAAGUUUACUUAAUUUAAGUGGUGCUGAUCCAUGGAGUACUUGUUUAUUUACAUUUUUAGAAAGAAAUAAAGUACUUAGUUUAUGUCCAACAGCAACUGCACAUUCAUGGCCAAUUGUAUUCAAUAGAAUUAAUUCUUUAUUUACUGUUGUUGAUCCAACACCAGUUAAUGAUAAUCGUGCAUCAUUGUUAAGAAGUUCAACAGCUGUUAAAAAACCAAUUAAUGAGAGAGAUGUUUAUAUGCAUAUUUGGAAAAAUUAUUUAACAUUUGGAUAUCGUGUUGUUCCACCAAUACCCAGUCCAAUAAUACGUUGUGCAAGUCCAGAUUUAAGUCUCAGUGGUCAGCAUACGGUGGAGUUUGGUGUAUUAUGCAUGAGUAAGGAGUUGAGUCAAAGUCUGGAGAAUCUCGGUGGGGCACAUACCCUACCGGGACGUUUUUCUGUACCUUCAAUAUCAGGAAUCUACACCAGGCAUAAACGUACCAGUUCAUCACCAGAUAGUUUAUCAGCUGAAAGAGGUGAUAAUAAAUCACCAGGUACAAAUGCAAGUCCAGCAGCACUUUAUAAAUUAACUGUACCAUUAUUAAGAUGUGAAUCUGUUGAUGUACGUGAUGCUGUUGUUCAAGCUAUUGGAAAAGUUAAUGCAGAUGCUUUAAAGGAUUUAAUGGAAGAACUUGUGCCGUAUAUACGUGAAGCUGUUGAUCGUAAACAAGAAAAUAUGCGUCGUAGAAGACGUAGGGAUGCUCUUAGACUUCAACUUGUACGUGUACUUGAACUCGUUGCUGAAUAUGGAACAUUUGGAAUAUGCCCAGCUGUUUUGGAUCGUGAAACACAAUCAUUACAUCCAACAUUUGUUGAGUACAUUGACGGUGCAAGAAUAUAUCUUGAAAAUGAAAAUGACAAAGAUGCACCAUCAGUUCGUGAUAUUAAAUUACAUUUUUGUAAUUUUAUACGUAAAAUGAUAAAAAGUUUUUCACUUGAAGCUUGUCAUUCAUUAUUAAAACGUGAUUUACGUAGAAAUUUAUUUACCCUAUUUGCAACAUGGUCUGGUCCAUUUGGUAAACCAUUAAAUAGUUUAUCUGCUUGUGAUGAUGAAAAAUCAUGUACAGAAUUACAAUUAUCAGCAUUACAAGCAAUGAGUGGUUUAUUAUGUUGUGGUCCUUGUUUUAAUCCACAAUCAUUAUCAGAAGAGGGUGCAAUUUUAUAUCAAUGGUUAGAUCUUCUUCUUGCCAGUAAAGAUGAAAAGAUUUAUGCACUUGCACGUGAAACAGUUGUUUUACUAUUAGAGGGAAAUCCAGAUAUUGGUACAUUACUUGAUUGGGUUGUUGAUAGAUGUUACACUGGUCUUCCACAAGUUGCAGAUGGUUGUUUUUUAGCAUUAGCAACAAUAUUCAGUGCCAGGGAAUAUCCUUGUGAUCAUUAUACGAGUGUUAUUAAUGUCAGUCUGAUGAAUACUGGUUGUCCACGAGCACCAGUACAAGAUGCAGCAUUUCAACUUUUACAACUUCUUGAUCAAAGAUUUUUUGGUAAUAUACGUCCAUUACCAGCAGCUGAAUUAGAAACUGGUCAUGAGGAUAUUACCCCAGGUGUUAUACCAACUUUAUCAGUGUCUGGUGGUCUCAAUGGAGUAUCAACAAAUUCACCACAAAAAGCUGGUACACUUGAUGCAUUACUUACAAAUUCAUAUUGUCGUAAUCAAAUGUUUCUUUCACGACAACUUGCCCAGCUUCAUCCAGAACUAACAAUGCCAAUGUUUAGUGAAAUAACACACAGAUUUCAAACAGCAAGACGUGAAGUACGACAAUUAUUGUUGCAAUAUUUAUUACCAUGGCUUCAUAAUAUGGAACUGGUUGAUCCAAAUGUACCACCACCAUCAAAUUCAUCAAGUUAUUAUCAGUACUACACAAGUGAUGUUGGACGUGGUGGAAGUAAAAAAGAAGGAUGGGGUAGUGCUGAAGCAACUGAAAUGGUUUUAAAUAAUUUAUUUUACAUAACAACAAAAUUUUCUGAUGAACAUCCAAAAGAAGUUGAAGAGUUAUGGUCAACUCUUUGUGGUUGUUGGCCAAAUAAUUUAAAAAUAAUAAUUCGUUAUUUAAUAAUUGUAUCGGGUAUGGCACCACAAGAACUUUUACCAUAUGCAAAACGUGUUGUAUUAUUUUUAGCUCGUUCAAGACCAGAACGUUUAGUUGAUGAAAUGAUGAGUGAAUUACAAACAGUUGAAACAUUAAAUUGUUUAAUUGAACGUACUGAAACACCACCAUUUUAUCGUUUAACAUCAAUGAGAAAAGCAUCAUCACAUUCAGAUGCACCAGUUGCUGAUCCAGGUAAUCCAUCACGUGAUUUAUCUAUUGAAAAAGGUACAAUACAUACUAAACGUCAUUCUGGUGAGGAUCCAGUUAAAACUGGUAGUAAAUCAGAUACAGCAUUGCGUACAUUAGCUAAUUAUAAUUCACAAAAACCAGAAAAAACAAGAACAACAUCUGGACCAGCAAUAUUGCCAGAUGAUUUAUCAACAUUGACAAAUGAAAUUGAAAUAAAUGAUGAUGUUUAUUUAUCAAGAAAUAACAGCAACAACAACAACAACACUAAUAACACUAAUAAUAAUCAAAAUAAUAAUAGUAAUAAUAGUGGUGUUAAUAGUAAUAAUAUUAUUAAUACCAAUAGCAAUAGCAACGCAAACAACAACAACAACAAUAAUAAUAGUUUAAUAAUACCAAUACAAAUUAAUGAAAAAGAAAAAUUUGAUAUACCACAACCACAUCCAUUACCAAUGCCUGAAUAUGGUGGUUAUUUUGCUCCAUUAACUGAAUAUUUACCAGAUGCAUCACAGCCAAUAAGUGGUUUUCAUCGUUGUAAUAUUGCUGUUAUGUUAUUAACUGAUGUUAUUGUUGAUGGUAUAUCAUUAGAUUGGUCAAUUCAUGUACCAUUAAUGUUACAUAUUAUAUUUCUUGGUUUAGAUCAUUCACGUUUUUUAGUACGUGAUCAUUGUCGUCUUUUAUUAAUAAAUUUACUUGUUGUAUUGAGUGAUCAUCGUGAUCAUCUUGGUGUUGCACGUGUAUUAUUAGCAGCUAAAACAGAAUCACUUAAUCUUGGUUUAACAACACCAGCAUUACCAAUACAUUUACAUAAUUUUACUGAAGUUGAUCCUGAAUUUGAUAGUUAUUUAUUUGGACCAACAAUUGGUAAUCAAAUUUUAACACCACCAAGAACAAAUUCACCACCACCACCAGCACCAGUUGUAGCAGCAACAGCAGCAGCAGUAGCAACAGUCGUACCAUCACCACCACCAUCAACACCACCACAACAACAACAACAACAAUUACAAUCAUCAUCAAGUUCAUUAACACCACAAAUGCAAUCACCAUCACCACCACCUCCACCACCAAUGCCACCAUUACCCCUAAUUUCAACAAAUAUAAUAAAUGAUGAUAUUUAUUUAAUGAAAAAUAAUUCAUCACCAAUACCAACAUCAUUAGAAUCAUCACCAAGUCAUUCACCAGUACCAACAAAUUCAUUAACACCACCAAAUUCAACAAUACACGUAACAGAUAUUAAAGAUACAUCAAUAAUUGAUAAUCAAUUAAGACCAUGGACAAAUAAUGGUAUUAAUAACAAUAAUAAUAAUGAUAAUAAUAAUCAAUUACCAGUUAUUGUAACACCAGAAGAUGCAAUAAAUUGGACUGGUACACAACUUGCUCCAAAUAUGCCAAUACAAGAUAUUAUAAAAUCAUUAAUAAAUUUUUUAUCAAUUAAAACACAAUUGCUAUGGAAUUAUGAAGAUAUGACUGCUAAAAUAUGGUAUGUUAAAAGUGCUGAACAAUUGACAAUUUUAUUACGACAUGUAUUAAAAAUAUUUCGUGAUUCAUUACCACAAGCACAUAUAUCACAAAGAUGGGCUGAAACAGCAUUACAACUUGGUUUAUCAUGUUCAUCACGUCAUUAUGCUGGUAGAAGUUUACAAGUAUUUAGAGCACUUAGAGUACCAAUAACAUCACGUAUGUUAUCUGAUAUAUUAUCAAGACUUGUUGAAACUGUUGCUGAACAAGGUGAAGAUAUGCAAGGAUAUGUUACUGAAUUAUUAUUAACACUUGAAGCUGCUGUUGAUUCAUUAGAAUCAGAUUUUCGUCCACUUGAUUUUAUGAAAGAAAUAUUUAAAUCAACACCAAAUUUAAAUAAUAAAGAAACACCAUCUGGAUUAAUUAAAAGAAAUCAAUGUAUUGGUGGUUAUCCAACUGGACAACAUAUGUUUUCACAUUUAAAUCAAAUUGGACAUACAAGAAGUACAAGUUAUUCUGUUAGUUAUUGUAUGAGAAAAACAACAACAACAACAACUGCAUCUAGUGGUGUUGGUGGUGGUGGUGUUGGUGGUAAUAAUAAUAAUAUAAAUAAUAGUGGUAUUAUAAAUAUAAAUGAUAGCAAAGAAAUUGAUUCACGUAAUUCAAUAAAAUAUCCAGUUACAAAUUUAUCAAGAUCAAGAUCAGCACAAUCAUUAAAAUUACUUGGUGAUUCAGCAACACAAGAUGAUAAAAUGACAAUUUUAGCACAAUUAUUUUGGCUAUCUGUAUCACUACUUGAAUCUGAUUAUGAACAUGAAUUUUUAUUAGCAUUAAGAUUACUUGGUAGAGUAUUACAUAGAUUACCACUUGAUAGACCAGAUGCACGUGAUAAAGUUGAAAAAUUACAACAACAAUUAGGAUGGAAUUCAUUUCCUGGUGUACAUGCAUUAUUAUUAAAAGGUUGUACAUCACCAAAUACAUAUGAACAAGUUGUUGUAUUAUUAAGUCAAUUUACACCAUUGCUAGAUUUAUCAUUUAUUGAUCCAACACAAAAUUUAGCAUUUCCAAUGAAUGUUAUAUCAUUAUUACCAUAUAUGUUACUUAAUUAUGAAGAUGCUAAUGAAUUAUGUAUAAGAAGUGCUGAAAAUAUUGCUCAAGUAUCUGCUGAAAAAGGAAAAAAACUUGAUCAUUUAGGAACAGUUAUGACAUUAUAUAGUCGUAGAACAUUUAGUAAAGAAAGUUUUCAAUGGACAAAAUGUGUUGUUAAAUAUCUUUAUGAUACAUAUGCACAUUUAAGUUUUAAUAUGUUGGCAUUUUUAGUUGAAGUAUUAGAAAAAGGACCAGCAAAUAUUGCAUUACCAGUUCUUAGUAUAAUUCAUUGUUUAUUACAUUAUGUUGAUCUUGCAUCAAGAGCAGCACAACCAAUUAAUACUGAAUUACUUCGUGUUAUAUCAAAAUAUGUUGAAGGACCAUACUGGAAAGAAGCAUUAAAAGUAUUAAAAUUAGUUGUAACACGUUCAUCAACACUUGUUGCACCACCAACAUCUGGUCAUGGUUCAUCUUGGGAAUCAUCAUUGACAUCACCACAUCCAAGCUUUACUGAUACUGAAAUAUUUACUAAAAAAGAAUUACCCGGCAGAACAAUGGAUUUUACAUUUGAUGUUAUGAAAACACCUGUUAUUGGAAAAAGAUGGCUGAGAAGACAAAUUGAAGAUGAUAAAAUUAUUGUAUCACCAAGCAUGUCAUUAUCACCAGCUGAUAGUAAUGCUAUUUCUGGAUGGAAAAGACCUUGGAUGUCUCAGGGAAGAGUUAGAGAGUGUCUUGUUAAUCUUUUGAGACCUUUUGGACAACCAGUUGGUCUACCAAAAAGUCCAUCUGUGAUAUUUAGUCAAAGUUCAGAUUUAAUGGAAAGACAAUCAUCAAUGGCAUCAUCAACUGAAGAAGUAUCUGGUGCAAAUAAUGAUUUAAGUGGUGGUUCUAGAAGAGACGAUGAACAAUUUGGAGUAUUCAAAGAUUUUGACUUUUUAGAGUAUGAAUCAGAGAGUGUUGAGGGAGAAAGUACAGAUAACUUUAAUUGGGGUGUACGUCGUCGUCCAUUGAGUGAAGGUGAAGAAAAAGAAUCAAGUUUUCGUAUUUUUGAAGAAUCAUUAUCUGAAAAAACAAUAUCAUCAUCAAAAAAUACAAGUCGUCGUAGUGGAGGUGACGGUGGUGGAAGUGGAGGAGGCGGAGGAAUCGGUGGAGGAAGCAGUGGUAUUGGUAGCAGUGGUGUUGGUGGUAUUGGUAUAAGUAAUAUUAGUUGUGGUGGUAUUGGCAUAAGUGGUAUGGGUAGUGGUAUUGGUGGUAUAGGUUUAAUUAGUGGCUGUGGUCUUACUGAAGAAUCAUCAGAUGAUGAAAUUGGUUCUGAAUCACCUUUGGAUGAAGUACCAAGUGGUCCUUGUAUUGGACAAGAUCAAAUAAUACAACAAAGUGGUUUAUAUCAUCCAUCAUCAUUAUCAUUAAUACCAACAAGAUCACGUAAUGAUUCAUCAACACGUUCAGAUACAUCUGGUUCAUCAACUGGUGAUUUAGGUGAUGUUACACCAUGUAAUGCAUCACCAAAUUUAUCAGCAUUAAUGCCAUUUCGUCAAAUACAUCGUGAUGAUAAUGAAGAAAUAUGGUGUCAACAAAUACAAUUAUUAAUAAAUAAAACAUCAAUAAAUAUACUUGAUUAUUUUAAUUUAUUAAAUCGUAUAUUACGUGAUGUAUCAAGUAAAUCAGUUGGUUUAUCACGUGAAGCUGUAUCAUUAUUAACAAAUAUAUCAUCAUCAUCAACAUCAUCAUCUUCACAAUUAGCUAUUAAUUUAUCAAUACAUGCUGAAUUAUUAAGUACAAAAGCUGAAUUACCAUUUGUUUAUUUUUCAGUACAAUUAUUUACAUCACAAAGAUUAAAUGAAACAUUAAAAUUUUGUAUGUUAGAAAUACAAGAACAUUUAGAAACAUUUUUAGAUAAAAAAGAUCAUGCAACUGAAUGUCUUGAUGCUAUUAAAAGUACUCAUAAUGAUGAUAAUAAUUAUCAUAAUGGUAAUGAUGAUAUGUUACUUGGUCUUGGACGUGCAUUUUAUAAAUUACAUUUUCAAUUAUUAUUAUUAAUUGAAGCAUCAAAUAAAAUGUUACUUGCAUUAACAAAAGCAUCAAGAUUAACAAAUACAAAAUUAUAUGAUUUAUCAAUUGAUAUAUUAAUUAUGAAAACAUCAUUGUUGAAAGCACUUGAAGAAAGUACUGAAAGUGAAAGAGGUACACCAACACCAACACCAAGUCCAAGUCCAUUACCAAUGACAAAUAAUAUUGAUGAAAUACAAAGAGUUGCUGAUUUAUUAAAAUGUGGUAAAUGGUCAUUGGCACUUGAUGCUGUUAGAUUACAUAGAGCACAAUGGCCAGGUGAAGCAUUUCAUGAUGAUGAUGAUAUAACAACUGCUGUUAAUAUGUAUUGUAAAUAUAUUGAUUGUGAACGUAAUGAUUUAUUUGUUAUAACUAAAAGUGAUAAUGAUAUUAUUGAUAUAUUUGAUAAACUUAUGGAAAGUUUAUUUCAAGUAUUAGCUGGUGUUACUGGUCUUGAAGCAGCUGUUAAAGCUGGUAGAGCACAAAGUUCACAUACUAAAUCUGAUUGUUAAAUUAUUCAUUAUUAUUAAUUAAUUAUUUUUAUUUAUCUUUUGCUAUUUUAUUAAUUUUUAAUUAUUAAUCCUGGUGAAUUUUUUUUUUUUCUUUUUUAUUUUACCUCUUUUUUUUUUUGGGAGAGAUUCGAAAUCAUGUGAUGUCUAUCAAUGUUUGAUUAAUUGAUUGAUAUAGGUAUAUAUAUAUUUUUUUUAGAUCUAUGAAUUUAUAUAUUGUGUUAAUUGUCUUUUUUAUAAUUGAUAAUGAAAAAGAUGAUGUUGCAAAAAAAUUAAAUUAAAUCAAAUCAACGAUGUUAGUGCUUGUAAUCAAUGUCAAUUAAUAAACAAAUAUACUUAUACUUAUUUAACAAUAUAACAUGUUUUUAUUUUACUUUUUGUAAGUUGAAUUAUCAAAGAA